AUGCAUCUGUGUAACAUCUUACUCAUUGCGGGCUUCACUGCAGCGCGCGUGCUUCCGCGUCAAGAGGCGACUAAAUGUACGAAUCCCGUUAAGCGUGUCGAGUUCCGUACCCUAGACAACGUCGCCCGCAAGCAGUAUACGGAUGCCGUCAAAUGCCUGACCACCAAGCCCUCAAUGCUCGGCCUGAGCACAACCUUAUACGAUGACUUUGUCUACGUGCACACUCAACUCAACACAGAGAUUCACUAUGUCGCCCAGUUCCUGCCCUGGCACAGAUACUUCGUGAAUCUUUACGAGAAGCAACUUAAUGGCUGUGGUUACACAGGCCCCAUGGUGGAAUGGAAAUGCCUGACCGACGGGCCCUUCAAGGACAUACGCUCGGCCUAUGUCCUGACAGAAUAUGCACCGCACUGCUUAUCGCGCGACUUCUUCGACGGCACCUCUCGACCCGGAACUAUGCGUAGCUCGGCCUACACACCCGAGGCUAUCGCCACCAUUAACGCUCUAGAUACCUUCGUUGAAUUUGAGUUCGAACUCGAGAACCGGCCACAUGGCUCCAUCCAUAGCGCAGUUGGUGGCAAAAUGGGCGACAUGGGUCCCUCUUCGUCACCCAAUGAGCCAUUGUUCUUUUUGCACCAUGCCCAAGUCGAUCGCCUGUGGUGGUUAUGGCAGCAGGGUAACCCGUCAGUCCGCAACACCGAAUAUGCUGGCAAACGCGAAAUCACUCCAGGCGCUGGUGGCCGCCCCCUCCCCCCUGGUGAGGUGGCUCCUGUGGAUCCUCCCGCUGCUCUCACCGACGUUAUGCCCUUUAUGAAACUGGCAGACGAUCUGCCUGUCUCCGCUAUUAUGACCACAGAGAACGACCUGUUAUGCUAUACCUACUAA